CAUGUCGCGCGCCCCGCGAGCCCUCCGAUAACCGCCCGCGCGCCCAGCGAGCCUGAGACCCGGGCCCCCGGAGAGUCGCGGACGCCCCUGAGAGCCACCGGGCAGAGCCACCGACGAGAAGAGCCCAUGAGGACCGCCAGGGCACGUGUCGCGUCCGCCCUUGCCCCCCCGGCACCGAUGCGCUCGCCUCUCCUCGUCCUCGGGGCCCUCGCCUGGCUCGGCGCGUCCCUCGCGGACGCCCGAGCCGAGGUAUUCACCAACUCCUUUCUCGUCAAGAUGAGGGAGCCCGCCGAGUGGCGAGUCGCCGACCGAGUCGCCGCUAGGAACGGCUUCGUCAACCUCGGCCCGGUUCUUGGCAGCCAGACGGAGUACCACUUCGUGCACAGAGCUCUGCCGCAUGCUAGAAGUAAAAGAUCCGUGCCUCAUAUGCGGAGGUUAAAGGUGGAUCCCCUGGUACAUACGGCGGUGCAACAACCGGGGUUCAAGAGGGUGAAACGCGGCUACAAACCUCUGAGCAAUGAUCGCCUGGUACCUCUGUACCAGAUCAAAGACACAUCCAAUCCUGCAAGCAAAGAUCCUACCGAUCCGUACUUUCAGUACCAGUGGUACCUGAAAAACACCGGCCAGAAUGGCGGCAAACCGAAGUUGGAUUUGAACGUGGAGGGUGCCUGGGCACAAGGGGUUACGGGGAAGAACGUCACGACGGCCAUCAUGGACGACGGCGUCGACUACAUGCAUCCAGAUUUGAAGUACAAUUACAAUGCUCGGGCGUCCUACGAUUUCAGCAGCAACGAUCCAUAUCCCUAUCCAAGAUAUACAGACGAUUGGUUUAAUAGCCAUGGGACCAGAUGUGCCGGGGAAGUGGCGGCGGCACGUGAUAAUGGCGUUUGCGGAGUCGGAGUGGCCUACGACUCCCAAAUCGCUGGUAUCAGGAUGCUGGACCAGCCUUACAUGACGGAUCUGAUCGAAGCCAAUAGCAUGGGUCACGAGCCAAAUCUCAUUGACAUUUACAGCGCGUCCUGGGGACCAACGGACGACGGGAAGACCGUCGACGGUCCGAGAAACGCCACCAUGAGAGCAAUCGUCCGAGGCGUUAACGAGGGUCGGAAUGGCCUGGGGAACAUCUACGUAUGGGCAUCCGGAGACGGAGGCGAAGAGGACGACUGCAAUUGCGACGGAUAUGCAGCGAGCAUGUGGACCGUCAGCAUUAACAGUGCCAUUAACGACGGCCAAAACGCCCACUACGACGAGAGCUGUUCCAGCACCCUGGCCUCGACCUUCAGCAACGGAGCCAAGGAUCCCAACACGGGAGUGGCCACCACUGAUCUUUAUGGAAAAUGUACGACUACGCACAGUGGAACUUCUGCGGCGGCUCCGGAGGCUGCUGGUGUUUUUGCACUUGCUUUGGAAGCCAACCCUCAGCUGUCCUGGAGGGACAUACAACACUUGACCGUUCUGACGUCAAAGAGGAACUCAUUGUUUGACGCAAAACGUCGCUUCCACUGGACAAUGAAUGGCGUAGGUCUCGAGUUUAAUCAUCUCUUUGGAUAUGGUGUCCUCGACGCUGGCGCUAUGGUGGCCUUGGCUAAAAAAUGGAAAACUGUCCCUCCGAGGUAUCACUGCGAAGCUGGAUCCUUCACCGAAAUGCAGUAAGUUCUGAUAAAAAAGCACAUCCGCAGUAUAUAUGAUCCUUCCCCAAAAUGCAGUCAAUUCUGA